GCUCUGCAGUCUGCAGUCUGCACACACGAUCGAGAAACACAAUUGACAGUACAGAAUUUGUAAGUUGUUGAUUUGCGCCAUGAGAAGGCUUCUCCCGCUCGCCGGCGCCACGCUGCUGAUCGCGGCGGCCGGCGGCGCCAGCGGGCAGCAGGCGGGUGUUGGGUCGAUCAUCACGCGGGCGAUGUUCGAGUCGAUGCUGAGCCACCGUGGGGACCAAGGUUGCCAGGGCGCCUUCUACACCUACGACGCGUUCAUCAAGGCCGCCGGAGAUUUCCCUAGAUUCGGCACGACCGGCAACGACGAAACGCGCCGGCGCGAGCUCGCCGCUUUCUUUGGCCAGACCUCCCACGAAACUACAGGUGGAUGGGCAACUGCUCCUGAUGGACCCUUUGCUUGGGGAUACUGCCGGGUGAACGAGAUCACGCCGUCGGACCCGCCCUACUACGGCCGAGGACCCAUACAGCUUACUCAUAAGUACAACUACCAGCUAGCCGGGGACGCGUUGGGUCUGGACCUGGUGAACAACCCCGACCUGGUGUCAAGCGACCCCGUGGUGGCGUUCAGGACGGCCAUCUGGUUCUGGAUGACGGCGCAGUCACCCAAGCCGUCGUGCCACGACGUAAUCACCAACCAGUGGACGCCGUCCGGCGAUGACCGUAGCUCCGGGAGGCUCCCCGGCUACGGCAUGGCCACCAACAUCAUCAACGGCGGUGAAGAGUGCGGCAAGGGCUACUCCACCGACAACGCCAAGGACCGGGUCGGCUACUACAAGAGGUACUGCGACAUGUUCCGCGUAGGAUACGGAGAUAACAUAGCCUGCAGGGACCAGAAGCCCUACGGAGGAGGUUAAGCACUGGAGACGAUCGACUGGGAGUACGUCGUCAUAAGCGGAUUCUCCUAGUGCUAGUACAGCUGCUGGUUGCUUGCUAAUGGCUAGCUUAGCCUUCGCGUACAUACGUAUAUGUACGUGAUACUAGUACGAAUAAAGCUAGCAGAGAGCGUUCGCGGAUAUCAUGUAACAGAUAUGAGUAUAUGACACAUGGUCGCUUAUCUCACAUGUUAUUGUGAAAUAAUAUUAUUACUGGUGGAACGAUGCCCCUAGUUAAACUGA